GCUGUGCGUUUUCAGAUUGUUUUUAGUUUUUAUUUGAAUGCAAACGUAGUGACCCUGAAAGAUGAGCGAAUCGGUUGCAGAAACUGCAGCAGCAGCAGAAAAUGACGAGCAAGAAGAUGAUUCAAUGGAAACGCUGCAAGUGGAGGAGGACGAGAAAAAUGUUUCCGCCGAAGACUUGUUGGGUGGCAAGAGUCUGAUGAUGUCGGACAGUGAAAGUGAAGAAAUUUUCGAUGUAAAGGACUCGAAGCUGGGGUCCAAGAGCAGGAGGCAGCCAUUGUUGGACAGCGAUGAAGAGGAGGGGGAGGUAAAAUCAGUGCAGGAGAAACAUGUGAACCAGGCAGAGGCACAGAUAGUCCUCAUAUCCAGGCGACAGCGUUUCCCAGACAAUGAACCCGAAGACGAAGGUGAACGUGAGAAGGUAGAAGAGAAAAUCUCUCCUAAAUCCAGUAGGAAGCGCUUUCCAGACAUUGAAGAAGAUGAGUUUAUGGUCCCCAAGACCAAGCUCAAAACUAAGAUAUCUGCCAUCAUCGACACGGAUAGUGAGUCAGAAGAUCCACAGAUGCCCACGGAAGAGGACAAGCCAAAGCUAAAGACCAAGCUGGCAAAGAAAAUGAAACAACGAAUGGACAGCGACAGUGACAACCAAGACGAAUCCCAGAAAGAGCAAAGCGAUAAGGAAACUAGUCUCCCAAAGAACAAACUCAAAGGCCUAGUGGACUCUGAAUCCGAGCCAGAGCCAAGUCAUGAGUCGGGCGAAGAGCAGGAAAAUGGCCCGGAAGUUUACGCCGAAAAACCCACAAAAGCCAAGACCGUGUGGGCAUCUGCCAAAAUAGCACUGGACAAUAUGCAGGCCAUACAGAGCGAGCAACAGCGGCUGCAUCGCGAGGCUCACAUCAGUGUGCCCUACCACCAGCCCAAGCCGCGGACCCUCAAAGAGUUUCUUAGCCGCCGCACCAUCAAUACGCCGCUGGCCACGGCCAUGGCCGGUGGCAGUCCCAUGCCCAUCAGACAGCCCAGGAAAUCGAUGGGCCUGCGCAUGAACCGAGAGGAACUGGAGGCAUAUGCAAAACUAAUGGACGAUCGCGCCAAGGAGGCCACAGAGUUUUUCAAAUCCGAAUCGGAGGGCGAAGAUGGGGAUGGAUCGGACGACAAUGAAGCGCUGGUGGAGAUGAAUGAUAAUCCUGGAGUAAUGUAUGAAGCUGUGGCAGAUGUUGCAGAUAUCUUAGACGAAGUGGAGAAACAGGCAGAGGAAAUGGCAACCGAAGAGAUCAUAGAAGAAUUCCCUAUGCAGGAGCAGGAGGCGCAGCCAGUGGCUUCUACUUCCGCAGCUGCAGCUGUCCUGAGGUUCGCAGAGAUUAGCGAAUAUCUACCACAACCAGAGGUGGGAGCACCCACCAAAGAAUGUCUGGUUACGGAAGUUGUUGAGCUGCCUAAACUAGAUUUGAGUACAAUAACUACCACGCCGCCCCCAAAGCCCGCAACUCCGCGGAUAAGCGAGGCCAUUCAACGCUUGAAGAUCGAGAAGAGCACAGACGUGAGUCCCUCGUUGAAGGGGGAUGCCACAAUGGUGAUUGAUCUGGAAACGGGCGACAUGUUUGCUAAGAAACCAACCGGUGUGGACGAUUUGCUGCAACGGCUGAUGAAAACGCGAGAGGCCAAGAAGCACAAGACCACGGAGACUGUCAGCAUCCUGUCCACGGAGCAUGGGAAACUGGAGAUGUCCAAGGUUAACAUUCACCUGCAUGAGGAGGAGCCCGUCCAAAAGGAUGCUUCGCCUGGUGCGGCGUAUGUCAAAAUGCAGGAGCAGCUUAAGUCACGCAUCAAACAGAAGCGCAUGGAAGAUCUGCGCAAAAAGCAAGCAGAGGAGGAGGAGAGGGCAGCAGAAGACGAUGAAGUGGAAGGCAUGGAUGUGAAUGAAGAGUACGAACCGGAUGAAAAGCCUUGCCCCAAUCAAGUGAACAUCGAUGAGGACGAAGAGAUAGUAGCAGAAGGCGAGGAAACAGCCAAUGAAGCUGAAGCUGAUGGGGAUUCUCUUGAAUUGGAUAAUGAAGUCGAGUUGGCACCUGAAUCAGAAAAUAGCAGUGAAAGUGAGGAAGAAAGUGAGCCAGAGGUGGAGAAUCCAGCGGGAAAGAAAAGGAAUAGAAUCAUCAAAGCCUUCCAGGACGAUGACAAUUCCGAUGAGGACGACUUGGAUCUACUGCAGACGCCGAAGCCCCCCAGCAAUGCUACACCCAUGACGGCCACUCAGCUUCAACUGUCCGCCCACAAACUCUUCGAUGCGGAGACCCGACGAACUGCCAGCGAUGAGGAGAAUGAGCUACUCGACCUGUGCUCUGGACAAUUCCCGCAAUCUCAAAUGGUGUCCUCAGCAGCACCCUCCGCGGAAUCUGCGCUUAUCAGUCAGAUUCCCAUGACACAGUUCGGAUUGGAAAGCAGCCAAGCACCUGAGGAACUGGAGUCCCUCUGUUCAGGAACCUUUGCGACGCAGCAGCAGCCCACGCAACAGACAGAACAGCCUGAAGACGACUCCAUGCCGCUGCAGAUAGCCAACAAAAUUCUGUCCAGUGAUGAGGAGACAAAGGAGGAGCUGACGGAAACAGAUAAGCCACGCAACAAGAAACUCACAAAGAAAAAGGCAAAGAAGAGGCCCUUGGGAUUCUCCGAUGACGAAGAGAGUGAAGCCGAGGACUAUGACGAGGGAAAAGAGCUGAUGGGAAGCGAUGUGGAGCCAGCAGAGGAGAUACCCGAAACCUUUGUCGACUAUGACUCGGAGGAAAAUGAAAUCGUUGUGGAAAUGACCAAAAAAGAUCGCAAACGGCGAGCAUCAAACUUUAUGCAAAAGGAGGCGGAACUAUCCGAGUCUGAGUGGGGCUCUGCUGACGAGGACGAGAGGGAUAUGGAUACCUAUGACAUAGAGCUGGGCGAUGAAGAUCAGUUCGAUCGGGAGAAGCUGCGCAGCGAGCUCGGACAGAUUCAUGCCCGCAAAAUGCUUGACCAGGACAUUCGGGAGGUACGUCAGAUCAAGGAAAUGCUGUUCGAGGACGAAGAGGGAGGCGUACGACAGCGCCAGUUUCGCUGGAAGAAUGUCGAUAAUGGUUUCAGCCUGGAGGAACAGCAGCACACUGAGAAUGGGGAGGCCAACGAGGGCAGUGGCGAUGAGGAGAACGAGCAUAUGUGGCGAAAGAUUCGCUACGAACGCGAGCAGCUCCUACUGGAGAAUGGCUUGAAAGCGGAAGCCGUCACCCCGCUAUCUCCAGCCGUGACCAAGAACACCAGCAAUUCCGGCAACUCCAUCCGUAGGCUGAACAUAAUCACAGCCAGGAAGACAACGGUGGAGGCGAAGAAGAGCUCGCCGUUCCUGAUCUCAAAGGGUGUGACUGGCAGGCAGCAGAAGAGCACGGUACGUGGUUCGUUCCUGGUGCGGGACAAUGAGACGCUCAACAAACUGGCUGGAAUGACCAAGGGAGGUGCUGACCAUGGGGACGGAACUGCAGGAACUGUGUCCGUAAAGACGGCCAAGGCCAAGAACUUUGUGUUUGCCACGCUAACAGAGGAGGAACACGAGCAUAAUCAGAAACGCAAAGCAUCAGAUUUGCUCAAUAGCAGCAGUGAAACGGGAGUUAAUUUUAUAAAGAAACCACGCCUGGAGCCACGUCGGGAGAAGUGCCUUAUUGAUCAGCUUCUUUAAUUCUGUAAUAUCAUUUUUAAUUAGCCAUAAACUAUGUUUAGGAAAAAAGUAAUUUAAGUCGUUUUAAAUAAAAACCACAUAUCCA